GCCCAUCGAGGCGGGGCCGAGGCCGGAAGCAGCCCCUGGGCGGAAGCACAGGCGAGCAGACUGGGCCCUCCUCCCGACCUGCCCUGGGCUUGUCCCCGCCCACCCGAAAGUGGGUGAAAGGUCGCCGGCGCCGGCGCUGCCCCUGGGGCUGCUGAGCCAGGACCUCGAGGGAACCGACAAACUGACUGACAGACAGACUGACCAUGGCAGACCAGCCAAAGCCCAUCAGCCCGCUCAAGAACCUGCUGGCCGGCGGUUUUGGCGGCAUGUGCCUGGUGUUCGUGGGGCACCCCCUGGACACGGUCAAGGUCCGACUGCAGACUCAGCCACCAAGUUUGCCUGGACAGCCUCCCAUGUACUCUGGGACCUUUGACUGUUUCCGGAAGACUCUUACUAGAGAGGGCAUCAUGGGGCUAUAUCGGGGUAUGGCCGCCCCUAUCAUUGGGGUCACCCCCAUGUUUGCUGUGUGCUUCUUUGGGUUUGGUUUGGGGAAGAGACUACAACAGAAACACCCAGAGGAUGAGCUCAGCUAUCCCCAACUGUUUGCAGCUGGGAUGUUAUCUGGUGUAUUCACCACAGGAAUCAUGACCCCUGGAGAACGGAUCAAGUGCUUGUUACAGAUUCAGGCUUCUUCAGGGGAAACUAAGUACACUGGUACCUUGGACUGUGCAAAGAAGCUGUACCGAGAGUCUGGGAUCCGAGGCAUCUACAAAGGGACUCUGCUCACCCUCAUGCGAGAUGUUCCAGCCAGUGGGAUGUAUUUCAUGACAUACGAAUGGCUGAAAAAUAUCUUUACUCCAGAGGGAAAGAGGGUGAGUGAGCUAAGUGCACCUCGGAUCCUGGUAGCUGGGGGCAUUGCAGGGAUCUUCAACUGGGCUGUGGCAAUUCCCCCAGAUGUUCUCAAGUCCCGCUUCCAGACUGCACCUCCUGGGAAAUAUCCUAAUGGUUUCAGAGAUGUGCUAAGGGAGCUCAUCCGGGAUGAAGGAAUCACGUCCUUGUACAAAGGAUUCAAUGCAGUGAUGAUCCGAGCCUUCCCAGCCAACGCAGCCUGUUUCCUUGGCUUUGAAGUUGCCAUGAAGUUCCUUAAUUGGGCCACCCCAAACUUGUGAGGCUGAAGGCUGCUCAAGGCUUCUGGAUGCUGGAAGCUGUCGCUGAGGAAGAGUAGUAGGCAGGACUCAGCAGUCCUGAAGGGUGAGGGGAGGGAGAUGGUGGGAUCAGAGCUCUGUGCAUGGACUUGGUGAGACCAUUGCCUUAAUGACAUGCUCUACCUGUGUAACUUGGUGUGCCAUUUUGAAACUAGAAUUCACUCUUGUCAAUCUAAAGGAUCUCUAGAGCAUUUGGAGAUGGAACAAGUAGCUUCUAGACCACAUAGUAUCUGUGGCCAGAAUGCUGCCUACUGGUUGACUGCUAGUCUUACUACACCCAAAAUAUUCCUGGCUAAAGAGGUAAUCUCAGCUUCUCACUGGAUGUAAUAUGCAUGUUUUCAACUAGCUGACCAGGAGCUGGGGGCACCUUUAAUCUCUAGCCAGGAACACUCACCUGAUUUCCAGGGUACCAUCUAAUCCUGGGCCCACAUCUGCCUGUCCAAGUGGGCUGGGCAUAUAUCCCUAGAACAGAUAGCCUGUUAACUGUUAGAUUUUUAUUUUAUUUUAUUUUUUUACACAUGCAAAUAAUCAAAAUUAAAACUAUAGUAGCCCAAUUUCCCAGGAGUAGGUGGAAACUUUCUCUCCUACACAGCGAAGAUAGUUCCAGCCUGCUGGGAUAAGUGAGAAAGCUCAGGGUGUAGGAAGGCUCUUUUGCACACUCUUUUCUCAUGAGAGCACCCUAUUUUAAUAGGAAACAAUAAAUGUUGUUUCUAAUUUU